GAAUUGUUGGAUAAUUACGAGAAAAAUGUUGAGCUAAUAUUUUUAAACCAUCAUGCAAGAUAAAUAUGUCUAAUAAUGUUGAAUAAUCUUUAUCGGAUGAUAAUAAAUGCUGUUGAUCAUCUUUAGCUUUUUCAUUCUAUAAAAAUAAAAAAAGAUCAUAAAAAUAGACGACUGGAAAUAAGAAUUUUGUUGUUGAACCAUUGUUGUAUAUGUUUCAACACAUUGUAAUAAAUUUCAAUUAACUGUUUAAUAUUACUUGUUUGUAAUAAAAGUGUUUUUAAUCAAUGUCAUUAAUCAAUUUCAAAAUUAUUAUGCAAAUGAAGCACAAUGGUCACAUAUAUAUUGGACAACAGCACCGAUAUUUAAUUCAUCGUUAGCAAAUCAAAAUUUAAAUACAUUUAAGAUCAAACGUCGUGCUAAUCGUUUAAUACCAACAUUUCGUAAUAUAUUCAUAGACGGUGAACAAUAUAUAGAACAACAACCAUUAUUUCAUUCAUGUUUUUCAAUACAAACAACUUAUUUAAGAACAAAAGAAAAUCGUCAACAAUCAAGACUUAGUUUAAAAUAUGAAAUUGAAAAUGAAUUAAAACAUUUAUUUGAACGUUUAUCCGAUAAAACCGAAAAUUUAUCGAUUGUAACACCAUUAAGUUAUUUACGUGCACAAAUAAAUACAAUAAAAAAGAAAUUAGGUGAAGAUAUUGAAACAACGUUAGGAUCAAAAUUAGGUUUAGAAUUAAAAGAAUUAGAAAAUAAACGUAAAACACACUCAGUAUUUACACCAUAUACAGAAUUUAUAAUUAACUUAAUUAAUAAUAAAACAUACAUAGAAUUAUUAAUAACAGAGAUAUAUUUAGAAAAAUGGCGUUCAUUAUAUGUACCUAAUUUAAAAUUAGAAAAAGAAAAGAAGAAACAAUUAAUAUAUGAACAUGAUAAAAAUAUAAAACGUUUAGAAGAUCAAAUUGAUUCACAAAAUAAAACUGGUAAAAAGUCUGAUUACGAACAAACAUUGAAAUAUUCAAAUCAAUUACGGAAUGAAGCAAUAAAUUUAAAAAAUGAUAUGGAAAAACUUGAUUUAAAAUUACAUAAUGUUGAUUUAACAAUUGGUUUAUUUGUUGAUGAAUUAUUUGAAUUAUACGAUUAUUAUUUUGAUGAACAACCAACAAUGUUAGAUAAAUAUCAAAAUAUGUUUGAACAUUUAGCUGACCGUAUAUCACAAUUAGUUUAUAAAGGUUUUGCUAUACAUAUAUUACGUGGUAGACCAUUAUAUAGUCAAAGUCGUUUAAUAGAAAAUACAAUAAAAAAACUACGUGUUUCUGGUCGAUUAGCUGUAUUAACUGUUAUCGGUGAACAAUCAUCGGCUAAAAGUUCAUUAUUGAAUACUCUAUUUGGAUGUAAUUUUCGUGUUAGUUCUGGAAGAUGUACCAUUGGAGUUUAUUUAGGUAACAUAUAA